CAGCAUACACCUUCCAAGAAAAGAAACAAAGAAAUCCAAACUCUCUGGACAGCGGCUGAUUGUUUCUUUAGGGGAAGGUGUCAUGUCUAGUAACAAACAUGGCCGCUGUUCCCCUCUUCCUUCCUCCUCUAGCAACCUCUCAAAAACUCCUUUUUUUUUACAUCUCCAUUUUCUUCCUCAUUUUUCUAUCUAAUACACCAUUUUCUUUCUCCAUUUCAGAGGAUGAGGCAUUGAUCAAGUUCAAAGAAUCUUUAAAAAAUACAACAGCUUUAGAUUCAACUUGGCAUAAGGGAUCAAAUCCUUGUGACAAGAACAAGAAAUGGACUCGUGUUCAAUGCGAAGGGAACGCGGUCGAAGGCCUUCUUUUAGGUGAAGCUGGCCUUUCAGGGGAAAUUGAUGUUGAUCCAUUGAUUGCACUUCCAGGCCUGAGAGUUCUUGAACUUGCAAAUAAUUCAUUUUCCGGAACAAUUCCUGAAUUUUUCUUGCUUGGUGCUCUUAAAUCUAUUUAUAUAGAUGGAAACCAGUUUUCAGGAGAAAUUCCUAAAGAUUUCUUCUCUAAAAUGGGAUCUCUUAAAAAAGUUUGGUUUUCAAGAAACAAAUUUUCAGGGCCAAUUCCUGAAUCUUUGGCCAACUUGAAAUAUUUGAUGGAACUUCAUCUUGAAAGUAAUGAAUUUUCAGGUCCUAUUCCAUCAUUUUCACAGGCAAGUUUAGCAUCUAUUGAUCUGUCAAACAAUAAAUUACAAGGUGAAAUUCCUCAAAGCAUGUCAAAAUUUGGUUCAGAUUCCUUUAAAGGGAAUAAUGAAUUAUGUGGGAAACAAUUAGGGAAAGAAUGCAACAAGGAAAAAGAGAACAAUACUUUUCAAAAAGCACCAAUGUCCAAACUGAAAUGGAUAAUUCUUGGUUUAGUAGUUGGUCUUCUGUUGAUAACGAUUCUCUUUAAGGCCAAGCGCAAGGAAGAUCAUUUCGACAAGCUUGGAAAAGAGAAUCUUGACGAGGGGUUGCACGUUUCAAGCUCGAAUAGGAAGAGCAUGAGCAUUCGUAGUGAGGGAGGUGAUUCGGUGCAUGGAUCAUCGCGAAGGGGAGCUGGAUCGCAGAGGGGUAAGGCCAUGGGCGAUCUCGUGUUGGUAAACGAGGAAAAGGGUACGUUCGGAUUGCCUGAUUUGAUGAAGGCAGCUGCUGAAGUCCUUGGAAACGGCGUGUUAGGAUCAGCUUAUAAGGCAAAAAUGGUUAAUGGACUGUCUGUUGUGGUGAAGAGGUUAAGAGAGAUGAAUAAAAUGAAUAGAGAUGUCUUUGAUACAGAGAUCAGGAAAAUUAGCAAGUUAAGGCAUAGGAAUAUAUUGCAGUUAUUGGCAUAUCAUUACAGAAAAGAGGAGAAGUUGUUGGUAUCUGAAUAUGUUCCUAAAGGCAGCCUAUUGUAUCUAUUACAUGGUGAUCGAGGGAUAUCACACGCUGAGCUAAAUUGGCCAACGCGCCUAAAAAUCAUCCAAGGAGUUGCAAGUGGAAUGAGUUUUCUUCAUUCUGAAUUUGCAUCAUAUGUGGUGCCUCAUGGAAACCUCAAGUCAAGCAACAUUCUACUAACUGAAAAAUAUGAACCACUUCUCUCAGAUUACGCCUUUUAUCCGCUAAUCAACAACACACAAACCGUUCAAUGCCUUUUCGCUUAUAAAUCCCCAGAAGCCAUACAAAACGAACAAAUCUCUCCAAAAAGUGAUGUCUAUUGUCUUGGAAUCAUAAUACUCGAGAUCCUUACAGGCAAAUUCCCUUCACAGUAUCUCAACAAUCAAAAGGGUGGAACCGACGUUGUUCAAUGGGUGCAAUCGGCAAUAGCUGAGAAUAGAGAAUCAGAAUUGAUUGACCAAGAGAUAGCAAAUGCAACAGAUUCCAUUGAACAAAUGGUGAAGCUACUACAUGUAGGAGCUGCUUGUACUGUAAGCGAUCCGGAUAAGAGGAUUGACAUGAAGGAAGCAUCAAGGAGGAUAGAAGAGAUAAGUUUAAUUUGAUGGACAUGAAAUUUCCAAAAGGUGAUAGGUUAGAUCAGGAGGCCAAAAAAAAGAAGUAAGAACAUUGUGAAGCUUACACUUAGUUUCGUUAUCGGCCAGAGCUCCUAGCCCUUUGAUUCUGUUUUAUCUCAGUCAAACUCUACACAUCUAUCGAUUCAUUCUUCGCCACCUACUUGGUAGUAGGAUCAUACAUACAUACAAUAUGUAUAUAGAGAAGGUACAAAAAUGGAAGAGCACUCAAAGAUUGGUCAAAAAGUGCUAAAUGACUAAGUGGUGGAGGAAUGAGAAGGGCUUAUUUCAAACAAAUGUUACAUUACUCUUUCAACUUAGAGGAAAAAAGAAGACAGAUAAAGUGGAGUUGAGGUUCAUUUGCCAUUUUCUUUGGUGAAUGCAGAGAUAUGUGGCCAAACAAAAGGAGUUCACUUUAUAUUUAUGCAUGAAAUUGCCUUGAUUUUGCAUGUUCAUCUAUUAAGCAAUAGCUUAUUCAUUUAAGUAAUAAGUUCUUCUUCUAAUAGUACAUCUUCUGGUUUAUUGUAUAGUAUGGUUUUCUUUUAGUUAAAAAUGAGACUUAGAUCUCAGGCUUAGAUAAGAAGAUCUUAUCCAAACUUGCAGCAACAGUGUGAUUAUCUCUGCACUGAUCAAUUUCGACAUAUAUUUUGAAUAUAACCUUCCGAUUUCCCCUGCA